AUGGCUACGGCUAAGAGAAGCAAGGCGAAAGCUGCGGAAGCAGCCAAGACAGCCAGGGCCAACGCCUACGCGGCCGAUAGGGCAGCUGCCGCGGAUGUUGUACGGGCCACCAAGAUUGCCAAGAGGAAGGCCAGAGAGGCCAAAAAAGCUGCCAUGACGGACACCGCGAAAGACAAGGAGGCAGAAGAAGCCGCCAAGACAGCCAGACUCAUGGCCGAAGAAGCCACCAAGGCGAAGGAAGCCGCGGAGGAGGCGAGGCGGCUGGAGGACAAGGAGACAGAGUGGGCGCAGUGUGAGGAGGAGCUGUUCGCCUCCAAGUUCCGCCGUUUCUGGAACAAAUUCUACGCCUGCCGCGGCCGCGGCAUCACCUUCCAUCAAACCACAUCUAUCCCGGCCAUGCGUUAUACGUUCCCUGCUUCCCGUGACACGCCCGAUCCCAUGGAUACUCUACAGUUCAAGUCAGUCAAGAUCACAUCAAUCAAAGAAUCCGCCGGUUUUGACACCGACAACUGGCCACUGCAAGUAUUUGGUAUCGUUACUGCACGUGAUAUCCUGGAUAACAAGCGCAACAUUAUUUUUCACCGUCCGAGAAAUAGCUGCCAGACCAUCACUGAAGAGGAUCCAUAUCUUGCAUUGACCGGCCCUAGUCGAGCUAUUGCGGUGUCAAUAGACCUUUCCUACAUUGAGGUUUCCCUCAAAGUCAAGGGCACUACAAAAGCUGAGGAUAAAGAUCUGAGUGAUCUUAUUGUGACUUACAGAAGUGGGUAUUGCCUAACUGGUGUUUACCCUAGCAGGCUCAGCACGCUGAAACUUGAAUUCAGCCACGUUAGUUUCUUUGUGGAGGCCACAAUCUGUAUAAAACUCACUGGUGGGUCAUGGCCAAUUGGUUUCCAAAGUGUAUUCACUGUUGGCACCUCUACUGAUGAUGUCCUCGUCAAAUUACUUGAUUCCGAACAUGACGGGUUGCCUGUCGAUGCCAAUGGUGUGACCAAGCUCUCACGUCGUGUGGUUUCUGUUGGACUUGAGAAGUUUUUGAAGGUUCAGCUCAUGGCAAUUUCGAUUAAUGAGAAACAAGUUAUUGAGAGUAGCGAGGCAACUUUUAAACCUGAGAGGGCUGGCAUUAGCCUAAUCAACCUUAGUCUUGGCUUCUGUAGUAUGGAAGUUGCCGUUGCUUUGUCAUGUUUCUGUGAUGAAUGA